GACAGUACUUUGUUUAACGCGAAGCCCCUCGAUGAUUUAAAGACGUCUUCCUUCUCCUACUCUGUUCAAAGACGGUCUUCCUUGUACUGUACUCUACUCUACUCCUCCUUCUCCUAUUCUACUGCUGUUACUGCUGCUGCUAUGGCUUCUAUAGGACCUGAGUCUAUCCAAAAUAAUGAGGUCCAUGGUGACUCUGACAAUGCCUCUUUGACCUCGUCUGGAACAGACUACACGUCGCUUAGGUCAAGCGUGUUGGAUUACAAAUACGAAAAUGGUCGUCGAUACCAAAGCUACCGCAGGGACGAAUACUUGUUCCCCAACGACGAAGAGGAACAGGACCGCAUGGAUUUCCUCCAUCAUAUCUACGGGAUGUUACUGGGGGGGGAACUGCACCUUGCUCCCAUCAAGACACCCCCAGGUCGUGUUCUCGAUCUGGGGACGGGCACUGGGAUUUGGGCCAUAGAUUUUGCAGAUCAAUAUCCCUCCGCAGAGGUGAUUGGAAAUGACCUGAGUCCAAUCCAACCAGGUUGGGUACCAGCAAACUGUGUCUUCGAGGUAGACGACUUCGAGGCGGAAUGGGAAUACCAUCACCCCUUCGACUAUAUCCACGGCCGCGAGCUCGCCGGAUCGAUCAGAGACAUUGACCGACUGGCCCGCCAGGCAUUUGCCAACCUCAAGCCCGACGGAUACUUCGAGCUACAGUCGCUCACCAUCGACGUCUUCUCCGACGACAACUCGCUGGAAAGAGCCCCCUUCACAGUCCAGCUGUGCCAGCUGGUCGGCGAGGCGGGUCUGAAGUUCGGCAAACCGUUGCAGAACAUCGAACAGGAAUGGACCCGGGCCCUCAAAUCGGCUGGGUUUGUGGACGUCGUCGUGAAAAUGAUCAAGGUCCCCUCCAGCCCGUGGCCAAAGGAUGAGAAACAGAAACAGAUCGGCCGGUUCAUGCAGGCCCAGUACAGCCAGGGCCUGAACUCCUAUCUGCCGGGUCUUCUCUCCAAUGUCCUCGGAUGGUCGGCCCAAGAGGUUACCGUCAUGGCGGCCAAAGUGCGAGGCGAGCUGGCAGAUCUCACCGUGCAUCAAUAUGGAAAGCUGUACGUGAUUUACGGCAGAAAGGAUAGUACAUCGUAGUAGUACAGAUAGUGAAAAC